CUUGUGAACGAAAUAUCUACCCUCCGUCGUCACGCUGAGGCAAAGUUCCCUGGCAAGUAUUGGAAAUGGGCCAAAGAACAUUCGUUUGAGUCAAUGCUUCCCGGUGACGUCAAGGCCCGCAAGGACAAACAGCAGAGCAUUAAUGCGCAUCUGACUGAGCGAAAGCUCGCUGAAAAAGUGGUUUCAUAUUCGGAUAAGUUGUUCAAACAG